UUGAGUGCGGACGUAUCGGAAUUUUCUCCGUUCCACAAAUUUUCCGUAAAAAAAUUCCCUCAGUUACAUGGUGUUUUUUUUUUUUUUUUUAUAGGACCCUGUUCAUUAUGUUUGUUUGGAAGGAUUUUAGUGAUAAUGAGAUUGGUUGGACGAGAAUAAUUACUGAGUUAAUUAAACAUGAGGAAAAACGUAUUCAAAUGUGAUUUGCUUGAAUAUUCAUAUAACAAAUAAAUACUCGUUUCGAUUUUUAAUCUGUGUUGUGUACCAAUUUUGAAAAGCAAAGAGUUAUGUAAAUAAUAGAUUGAGUGCAUAUGCCUGGUGCAGUGAUUUUGAAAAUCGAAUUUGCGUUUUGAAAACUGAGCAUGCCGAAUGCAACCGGAACUGGUUUCCAGUGGGACAAGCUGUCACCCGCCGAGUUCCAGCAGCUACAGGAACUGACGUCAUAUUCGACCAGAAAACUCGAAGAUGUUCUCAAGGAAUUGGCGGAAGUUAAGAAACAGAAUCCAGAUGGGGACAUCGACUUUGAAGGCUUCCGGUGGUUCUUGGACACAUUCCUUGAAGUCACUACGCCGGAUGAACUGUCCAGGCAUCUGUUCCUAUCGUUCGUGCGUAGGGACAAGAGGCCAGCCCUACGGGAAAUGGCCGCCGCCAGUUCUACUACCGCAUGCGCUGCCGUCACCGCUCAUGCUGACCACCAGGGCAAACUCAGCCUCGCGUCAAAGAUCCACGGUUUGGCAGAAAGAUUACAGCAACUAGGGAAGAGUUCAGCGGACUCGGUUGAUGGCGCUGACAAAGCUUCUCGGAGUAGAACUGGCAGCGUCCACCCAAUGUUCUCCGUGACAACGCACCCCUCAUAUUCAUCACACGAACUGUGUCUGGGUCGUCUGGAGAACAGUCCGAGUCACAGCCAGAUGUCACGCAACUCUAGUAGGAAGAGCAGCAACUCCUUGCGAGUCAACCAGUCCACUAAAAUAGAAGACUACAAACACCUCAUGCGUCGACCCUCCACUAUAGAAGUCCACACAGCGAGGGUUUCCCUCAAGGACAUCGUAUGCUACCUCUCCCUUCUAGAAGCUGGCAGACCAGAAGAUAAGUUGGAGUUCAUGUUCCGCCUUUACGACACGGAUGGUAACGGCGUUUUGGACACCAACGAGAUGGACUGCAUCGUUAACCAGAUGAUGACAGUUGCUGAGUACCUGGGCUGGGAGACGUCGGAGUUAAAACCGAUUCUCCAAGACAUGAUGGUCGAGAUAGAUUACGACGCGGAUGGCACCGUCUCGCUCGAUGAGUGGAAAAGAGGGGGUAUGACAACAAUACCCCUACUAGUACUCCUGGGUCUUGAUACGAAUGUAAAGGAGGACGGCGAACAUGCGUGGAGGUUGAAACACUUCAACCGACCGGCGUAUUGCAACCUUUGUCUCAACAUGCUCGUCGGUUUAGGGAAGAAGGGACUCUGUUGUAUAUUUUGCAAGUUCACGGUGCACGAACGUUGCGUGCAACGCGCGCCGGCGUCGUGCAUCGCUACCUACUCCAAGUCCAGACGCGCUCCGGCUACGCUGGCGCAUCAUUGGGUGGAAGGGAAUUGCCACGGCAAAUGCGCGCGGUGUCGGAAAAAGAUCAAGGGAUACAAUGGAAUCACUGGCCUGCACUGCCGAUGGUGUCAUAUCACUCUUCAUAACCGUUGCGUGGGCAGUGCUGGUGGCGCUUGUACUUUGGGUCGUCAUGCGAAACAUAUUCUACCACCAACGGCUAUCCGACCACUCGUGCUGGACCGACAACGAUCGUUGCCACAUCGGAAUAACACUGAACAGCAAUCGAUACCAGUCUCAAUCUCCCUCCCGAUCUCAAUGUCCACUCCGACAGAAGAGAGGAAAGAAGAGAAAAAGGAACACCGAGCUCCUCCCAUCUCUUUCCAAAUAAGUCCACUCGAAGGGACAUGCCCUUUACUCGUGUUUAUCAACCCUAAGUCUGGGGGGAGGCAAGGGUCCAGGGUUUUGAGGAAGCUCCAGUAUAUUUUGAACCCUAGACAGGUUCAUGAUAUAGCGAAAGGCGGGCCAAUGCAAGGUUUACAAAUGUUCAAAGACGUAAGAAACUACAGGGUGAUAUGCUGCGGGGGCGACGGUACAGUUGGCUGGGUUUUGGAAACCAUGGAUAAAGUGGAGACGGAGAUUCGGCCCGCAGUCGGAGUAAUACCACUCGGUACAGGCAAUGAUUUGGCUAGGUGUCUUCGGUGGGGUGGAGGAUAUGAAGGAGAAUCAAUUCACAAGAUAUUAGAUAAGAUAGCACGAGCGAGCACCGUCAUGAUGGAUAGAUGGCAGAUUCAUGUUGAAAAUUCCAAUGACGAGUGCGAAUUCGUCCAAAUGCCAGACUCGGCGCCGCACCCUACGUCCGUCCCAUACAACAUAAUCAACAAUUAUUUCUCUGUAGGCGUUGAUGCAGCAAUCUGCGUAAAGUUCCACACAGAAAGGGAACGAAACCCGGACAAAUUCAGUUCCCGGAUGAAGAAUAAAUUGUGGUAUUUUGAGUUCGCUACGUCGGAGCAAUUCGCUGCGAGCUGCAAGAAUCUACAUGAGAAUAUUGAUAUUGUGUGUGAUGGAUCCUCUCUGGAGCUGUCAAAAGGCGUAGCCCUACAAGGCGUAGCUCUACUCAACAUUCCGUACGCGCACGGGGGCUCCAACUUAUGGGGUGCUAGUGGGGCGCACAGGCGGGGGCGCUUCCCUAACGCACAACAAGAUAUAGGUGACAAGUUAAUAGAAGUGAUCGGCUUAGAAAACUGUUUACAUAUGGGGCAAGUCCGGACAGGUCUCCGAGCGUCAGGGCGUCGUUUGGCGCAGUGCAGUUCAAUAACAAUUACCACCAAGCGCACGUUCCCCAUGCAAAUCGAUGGUGAACCGUGGAUGCAGCCUCCUUGCAAGAUCACCAUAACCCAUAAGAACCAAGUACCAAUGCUGAUGGGGCCAGCGCCAGAAAAGGGACGAAGUUUCUUCAAACUGUUCACUCACUGUUAGGUCUCGCUCACUCAUUCCAAUAUAACUCGUUACAGGUCAGAAAGAGACAUAUAUCGACUCUGUUGCGACAGCAUCGAUGUUAACCUCAGAACAAUGAAUAGUAUUGCAAUUCUGUUGGGUAAAUUCUCUAAACUAAAUUGACUGGUCUAAAUGUACGGUCGGUCUCAGAAUUCGAGUAGCAAUUCCGCGGAACUAUUGCAUC